AUGACAGAUGUUCUGGAAUAUAGAACAAAAUCACUUACAUCACUGAAGAAGCUGAGAAAUGCAGCAGAGAGGACGGAGGAGUUGAAGCAAAGUCUCAUUGAAUCAUUAAACCCAGUUUUAGCACUUCUUAAGCAGAGGUUUAGCCAGCUAAAAAAAAAUUAUGAAAAUGUUGUUGCCCAUGAUGCUGCAUCAGAUGGUGAGAUAGAACAGAUGAUGGAGUGCCUUGAAAUCUUCAAUGAUCAUGAUGCAGAAGAAUCCAGCCCUGUAACAGCCUGUAAAGAUCUCGACAAGGCUCCACCACGUCUGAAGGCGUUCUUUAACGCACACUGCAGGAAACGAAAUUACACAUUUCAGAUAAAAAAAUGUGAUGAUGAACACUGUUGGUAUUGUGUGCUGUCCCCAAGGCGUGCUGAUACAUCAGAGCUUGUGUGGUUACCUGACCCAACAAAAGGCGAUGACGAUUCUUUCCUACCAUUGUCUGAGUGUAUUGGAAAGAACACAACUGACGAGGCCAGACCAUCUCUCGAUGGGAAGGUUUUGGCGACAGAAGCAGACAAGCGCCACAAAUCACAUAUGUCUGCAGCUCAGGCAAGAAGAUAUAUCCUGUGUGCUGACUGCAGAAAGAGACGCGUGGUCUAUUCAAGAACUAAACUGACGGUUGACCAGUGCAGACAACUCGAACUUCUGGAUGAUGCAGUCAUCUACACAUGUGGGUCAGCCAUAUUCCCUGAAGAACAUGACCUACAUGAACAGGUGUUCGUUCGUGAGGGACUGAGUUGUCAAACAGAAAUAGAGACAACAUACUACUCAGGUAUAUAA